AUGGCAAUGGAACAAGAGAAGCAAAUUCCAUCGAAAAAUGAAGUGGUAAAGAAGCAGACAAAAAAGUACCCAUUUUGGCUGGGCGGUGUCGCCGCAAGCAUUGCUGUGUGUUUCACGCAUCCCCUUGAUUUGGCCAAAGUUCGACUUCAAAACUCUCCUGCCAAAAUUUCAACAGCAAAGUUACUGCGCAACACAUUCGUUAAUGAAGGUGUCCGUGGUUUGUACAUUGGUAUUUCCGCCAGUAUCUUGCGCCAGAUGACUUACAGCCUCACCCGAUUCGCUGCGUAUGAGGAGCUCAAGACCUUCGUGUCGCACCACACAGACCCCUCCCAGCCUACUUCUAUAUGGACCAAGAUUAGCGUUGCCAGUCUCGCUGGUGCAGCUGGUGGUGUCGCUGGUAAUCCCGCUGAUGUUAUUCUCGUACGCAUGACCAGCGACUUGUUCCGCGCGCCAUCUCAAAAGUUCCAAUACAAAGGGGCUAUUAAUGGCUUGAUGCGUGCCUAUCGUGAAGAGGGCGCGCAUGUCCUAUUCCGUGGCAUUACACCCAAUGUUGUGCGUGCUAUGCUGAUGAACUCGAGCCAACUGGCCUCAUACGACUUUUUCAAAGAGACGUUACAGAACACUGGACUAUUUGCUCCUGGCUCACUUAUUCAAUACCUUGCUUCAUCUCUGCUUGCUGGCACGGUUGCAACGACCAUCACCUCGCCAGCCGAUGUUAUUCGCUCUCGUGUUAUGAAUGCCCGCGGGACGGACAGCGGUAUCCCGCAAUUGCUCAAGGCCAUGCGCAUCGAAGGACCCAUGUUCAUGUUCCGCGGCUGGGUCCCUUCAUGGAUUCGCUUGGCACCCAACACGGUCAUUUUGUUGACGGUACUGGAAAAGCUCCGUGAAACAGUAGACUGGGUCCGUGGAACCUAA